GCUUUACGCAUUACUCGCUGGCCUUCUGGCACGACUCCCUAACCCGAUGGAACCGCCCAAAGAACCGGAACCGGAGACCCCCAUCCUCUAUACCCAUUAUGACUACGUGAUCGUAGGUGGAGGCUCGGCGGGAUGCGUGCUAGCCAACCGCCUGUCGGCUGACCCAAGCAGGACGGUGCUCCUGAUCGAGGCCGGGCAAAUGGAGGAGAACUACACGAUGUUCUCGCAGACCCCGUUGGUGUUCAUCGGUACGCAGGUUCCACUGUUCGCACCGCUGCUCAUCGGCAGCGAGAUCGACUGGCAAUACAUUACUGAACCUCAGCAGCAUGCCUGCCUUUCUAUGGUGGAUCAGAGGUGCCCGUGGGCACGCGGGAAGGUCAUGGGAGGAUCGAGCGCUAUCAACUUCAUGCUGUAUGUACGUGGAAACCGGCGCGACUACGACAUUUGGAAAUACGAGUUCGGAGCGCACGGUUGGUCUUACGAGGACGUCUUGCCGCACUUCAUAAAGAUUGAAAACUCGAGUUUGCCAGACCAUGACCAAGCCUAUCGCGGAACUGCCGGAGAAAUACCUGUAAUGUAUGCGAGUACGCAGACUACUCUGGGUGGAGCGUUCUUGGAAGCCUGCAUGGAAAAUGGCUACCCCAUCGUUGACUACAACGGAGAAUCCCAGGCGGGCUGUUCCAGAGUGCAAGCCAACAUCAUGAAUGGUGAGCGCUGGAGCGCUAACAGGGCUUUCAUCAAGCCAAUCUCACAUAGAAGAAAUUUGCACAUUUGGACGCAUAGCCAUGCUACAAAGGUGCUUUUCGAUGGCGACCAUGCCAUCGGAGUGCGUUUCAUCUUUAAUCAUGCGAUGUAUGAGGUUUAUGCUACUCGCGAGGUCGUGAUCUCAGCCGGAGCCAUCGGUUCUCCUCAGUUGCUCAUGCUGUCCGGCAUCGGCCCUUCGCGUGACCUGAAGAACCUACAGAUCCCUGUCAUCCGUGAUCUGCCUGUGGGCGAAAACCUUCAGGAUCAUAUGCACGUCGACGGAAUCGCUGGCACACUACCUUCGUCAUUCGGCAUUAGCUGUUUGGGUCUUUUUGACUUCGUGAAAGAGAAUUCAGGUCAGUAUUCCAUUCCUGGAUCCAUUGAAGCUCUUGCAUUUGUUAGCACAUCGUUUGUGAAUACAUCGCUGAAAUUCCCGGACGUGGAGAUCGCCUUGCAGUCCCUCCCUUCUUCGGGGAAGCCUUUGCAACGCUUCCUAGAAAACAUGGCUCUCCGGGACGACGUUUAUGCGCAAUACUACCUGCCCAAUCGAGGACGGCACGGAUUUGCUCUGGCUCCUGUGAUGAACAGGCCGAAGUCACGCGGUUACGUGAAACUGAGGUCAACUAACCCUCUCGACCAGCCCAUCAUCGACCCGAAGUACUUGACGCAUCCUGACGAUGUAAAAGCGGCAGUUGAAGGGGCGAGGAUUGCUCUGCGCCUCAUGGAGAGCAAGGCCAUGCGGGACAUCGGAGCGAAGCCUUGGGACAUACCUCUUGCUUCGUGUGAAUGGGCAGGCCCAAUGUGGACUGAUUCCUACCUGGCCUGUCUUGUACAUCACAUGGCUCACACCACGUGGCACCCCUGCUGCACGUGUCCCAUGGGCUCGGAUGGAAGGGCCGUAGUGGACCCUGAGCUCAGGGUUCGGGGCGUGCGGAGCCUGCGCGUCGUGGACGCAUCUGUCAUGCCAACUAUAGUAACGGGAAACCUCAACGUGCCUACCAUGAUGAUCGCCGAGAAAGCAGCUGAAAUGAUCCUGCGAGACAACCCUUAAAUUAUAAUACUGUCCUAAUAAACACAAGCUCUU